AUGUCCACGAAUAUAGCGCCCUCCGUGACACCGACGCUGCCAUGGGUCCGCGACCGACGCGAGCUACCUGCCCCUCUCCCGACCAGAGCUCAGAUAGAAUCUGCGACGACGGAGUUCCCAAGCAUUUUCGAUGCGAGCGCUCGGCGCACCGUCCUGGUCGGGGGGCUGUUUGUUGUGAAAUACGGCCCAGCUGUUUUCGAAAACGAGGGACACGCCUUAUUGCGGGUCGAAAGUUAUCCGGAUAUUCCAAGCCCGCGCCUCUAUGCAAUGUACCGGGAGGAGGAAAAUCUAUACAUCAUCAUGGAAUUUGUUCAAGGCCAACGACUGAGCGACGUAUGGCCGUGUUUGUCUGAGGAUCAAAAGGUGCACAUUGCCGGCCAGCUUAGGCGAGCCCAGGAAAGCCUACGGUCUAUCCCUUCACCUGGUUAUUACGGAGGUGUCUUUGGUGGGCCGCUACCCCACCGAUACUUCUUCUCCGCGGAUCAUAAUCCUAGAAUCACCGGACCGUUUUAUGCAGAGGAGGAUCUCUGCCACGCGCUUGUUUUGCGGUCGAGGGAGAAUUGGAAUACCUGGGGUCGACGAAGCUGGAUGACUGACUUUUUUGCUCGCCAUCUGUCGAGGGCUUUAAGUGGCCACCGGAGUGUUUUCACGCACUCUGAUUUCCAACGUAAGAAUAUUCUCAUUGCAGAGGAGGAGUCCUCAUCUGUAACACCCGGAUUUAUCGAGAAGAAAACUUUCCGAGUAACAGCAAUCCUGGAUUGGGAAUCUGCGGGAUGGUAUCCUACUUACUGGGGCUUCGCGCUGUGCUUUGCGUAUUUCGACUGGUCUGACGACUGGCCCGAAAAGGUCGAGAUGAUUCUGGAUCCGUAUGUCAAUGAGUCCGCACUUAUGAGAUUGCUCGGGCAAGACCUGGACGCGUAG